CGUCCGAGGGCUCCCCAAAGCCGGCCUCCGAGGCUACUUCGGGGCUGAGAGCGCCUCACUCGUCUUUUGCAAUCCUUGCUGGUCUGACAGGCUCCUGCAGUUACAUCACUUCCUAAAAAACAGGCAAACACCUCUCCUUCAAGUCAGCACCGACCCAAACCAGCAGGAAACAGGAAACGCGCGUUUCGGGGAGGCCCCGCGCCCCGGCUGCCAUGAGGGCUCCCCGCGCCGCCCUGGUUCUCGCCCUGCUGACCGCGCUCGCUCCCGCCGCCCGGGCUGAUCGUGAGGAAUCAGAGCAGUCUGGAGACAUGGCCUGGGAAGACAGAGGAACAACGGAAGAGGCUGUUCCUACCACCUUGGACGCGGCGACCACAGAUUCCCUAACCACAGAUAGGAAUCUGACCCACGUGGCUGGGGAUGAAAAUCAGUUAGAUCUUAUUUUCAUGGUCUUGAUCCCAUUGGUUUUGUUGGCCCUCCUACUUUUGUUAGUGGUAUCCCUUGUAAUAGUCUAUAAAAGAAAAGGAGCUAAGCAAGAGCCUUCUAGCCAAGGAUCUCAGGAUGCUCUACAGACGUGUGGACUGGGAGGCGAAAACAUGAAAGUCCCCAUUUUUGAAGAGGACACACCCUCUGUUAUGGAAAUAGAAAUGGAAGAGCUUGAUAAGUGGAUGGUCAGCAUGAAUAGAAAUGCCGACCAUGAAUGUUUACCUACUCUGAAGGAAGAAAAGGAAUCAAACCACAGCCCAAGUUCAUAGGCUGUGUGUGCGUGUGGUGUGGAGAAAAGGAAGAGAGAAUUACGGAAAAUUUGAAAAAGAAACAAAAACCCAGCUCAUCGGGAUUGGAUUCUUACAGGAGAGAAAUUCAAAAAUAAAUGCUCCCUGCUACCACUAGGUGGCUCUGCUAGACAGAACAUUUUAGCGCGCUGGUGCUGGAGGGUCACUCGGUGGCGCGCCACAAUCUUGUUGAGCUUAUCUUUUGUGAGGAUAGAAACUAGCAUGUCUGGGUGUGCUUUCUGUAAGAGAAGGGCCUGGCCAGGAUGUGAGAUUCACGACUGGGCAGCUCUGAGACCUUGCUGGGCAUACUGGGGCUGUGAUCUUGGGGACACCAAGUCACCGAGGUCUUAUGUCCGUCAUCUUUAGCUUCCAGCGUGAGUCCCACGCCAUGGGGCAGUCCCCGGGGCCAGAGUGCCACGUGGGAAGAUGAUUGCUACCUCAUUGAGCAAUCAGAAAAGGCAAACCCUUUCUGCAUCAUCCCCCUCUUCUGUUCUAAGAAUUCACAUCCUGUGUCUCUUUCCACAUCACAGCACCGUGGUCCUUCCCAGGCAGACCCCAGCACUGAUGCCAAAGUUACCUCCUUCUGUAGACUUGAGUCAAUGCCACUUCGCUGGGUGUGUGUGCGUUAAGAUUCAUCCCUUGUUCAGAAAAUGUUGCAUUCCACUUAAAUGCGGUUCCCAAUAUUACCAGCAUGUGGAGAGAAGAUGCCAGAGGCAGUGUGACAGAUGACACUAACGGGGAGUGUUUUCCCCAUCACUGUAUGUUUGCUGACGAGCCAUUCACACUGUCCAAGGUAGGGCGCAGCUUCCUCUACAGCAUCUUGUUACUGUGUCACUGAUGGACACCCAUCUUAUGUGAAGGUCAAGGGUUUUUAAAUACCUGCCCUUGCUUGCUCUUCACAUUCAUUGGCAACCUGGAAGAAACUUAACAUUACAGAGGAGCCAGUGUGUGGUGCAGGAGCUUAAGCUGUUGCUUAGAACACCGUAUGCCACACUGGAGUGCCUGGUUCAAGGCCUGAUGGCUCCGUUUCCAAUCCAGCUUCCUGCUGAUGCGCACUGGAGGGCAGCAGAUGGUGAACCAAUAGUUGGGUCUCUGCAACCUAUGGGGGUGACCCAGGUGGAGUUCUUGGAUGCUAGCUUCAGCCUGGCCCAGUCUUGGCUGUUGUGGGCAUCUGGGGAGUGAACCAGCAGAAGGAUGGAAGAUUCUUCCCCCCACCCCCCAGCCUUUAAAUUAGAUGAAAGUUAAUUAGUUAAUAUUUUUAAAAAACAUUCUAGAAAAGUAUGGUAGUAAAAUAUUAAACGUCAGAUUUGGGGAACAAUGAGAAGUUGAUCUUUGAAAGAUGUUGACAGUCAUUUCUGUCUGCAAGGCAGAAAGCCUAAACCUGUUUGGAGAGCUGUGUUAUGCUAAACUACCGCUUCUACAGGGAGUACCUGUGGGCCUGCAGCAGUCUGAGUUAAACUCACAGGCUGUCAGGCAGGACUUCACUCUGCUCCCGCUCUGCGAAGCCGCACCAGCCUUCUGGAACCGAGAGGGCAAGCCCCAGGUCUACGUGCCACAGUCACCUUCUGACUUCUUCAGCAAGCAUUAUGCUAUUAUAAGACAAAACUAAUUUAAACAUUAAAAAAAAGGGAUUUAAGAGGCAGAGAGAUGGAGAGAGUCAGACAAGGAGCCAUCUCCCAUCUGCUGGUUGACCCCAGAAAUGCCCUCAAUGGCCAGAGCCAAGAACUCAGUGCAGAAUUUCCCAGGUGGGUGCCAGGAAACCAGUUAUUGUACCGUCACCUGCUGCCUCCCUGGAUCGGCGUUGGUAGGAAGCUGGCAUUGGGGGCCGGAGCCAGGAACUGGACCGAGGCACUCCGAUACGGGGCGCAGACGUCUUCACUGCUGGGCUACACGCCCACCCCCGAAGUUCACGAAAAACUACGAAAAGUACCAAUGAAGCUCUCAAUAAAUAUUGGUUAGCAUUAUUGUAAUUAUUAAUGAAUUAAAACUGUUGAACAGAGGCUCACCGUCUUUGGGGCCAGGAAGGCCCAGGCUCAGGGAUGAGGUGGGGUGAGGGGAGUACUUGUGCCACUGGUUUCCAUGGUGAUUUCCUUUGGGACCUACCAACUGUGUGAAAUUGGGAAUUUGUGUGGUCUCCUUUAAGACUCUGAGCUGUCCUUUGUGCCUGGCAGGUCCAUUCGGGCUGGUAGGUCCAUUCGGGCUGGUGAUGUCAACAGCCUCUCCUCCAUCCAUCUGCCAUCUUUGAAGGGACAUUUGAAUGCAUAGUCUUUCUUCCCUGUCAUCAUUUCAUUUCUUUCUUCUAAUGUCUUCAUUAUAUCAAUAAUCAGUAAAACUUUUACUUUGAAUAUCUCACCCAGGACGGAAAUAGGAUGUUUUUCCCCCUAAAAGCCUGUGGCUUAAUAGAGAGACAGGUGGAGGGGUGGACCCUGGGUACAGCAGCUAAGAUGCUGCUUGGAACGCCUGCAUCCCACAUCGGAGCGCCUGGGUCAAGUCCUGGCUCUGCUUCUGAUUCCGGCUUCCUGCUAAUGCACACCCUGGGAGGCAGCAGGCGGUGACUCAAAUACUUGGAAUCUUACCACCAACCUGGGAGACCCAGAUGGAGCUCCAGGCUCCUGGCUUCUGCCUGCCCCUGCCCUGGCUGUUGAAGCAUUUAGGGACUGAACCAAUGGAUGAGAGAUCUGUCUGUCUUCUCUUAGUGUGUAUGCUUUUCAAAAAAUACAAAUGAAAAGAAAUUUAAAAAAAAAUUUAGAAGAAGACAGAUGCAGGUGAAAAAUGGGUUGGUCACUGGGGUUGCUGGAAUCAGAUUGCCGUCCUAAGACCUGGCUUGCACGCUCUUUAGACUGAGCCAAGUUCACUUUAGCUCUGGGCUUCUGUUUCUUCUUGUUGAGAAAUGGAAAUAAGGACCCGAGCCCUUCUAGUUUCGCCAGGGCACAGGGAGAAUGCAGCCCCUGCAACACUUCCCAAGCACCAUGCAGAUGAACCAGUCCUUUUUAGGCUGUGGCGAGAGCUCUGCGCCCUCUCCACACUGGCCGCGUUUGUUAAGGGGGUGAUUUCAGAGCAGAAAGUCUAGAGAGAUCGGGAACAGCGUCUGCCCGCACCCUCCGUCACUAUCAGCAGCCCCCACCAGCGUGGUUCACCGGCUAUGAUCAAUAAGCCUACACUGAGCACGUCACGUGGCCCCAAGCUCCCCUGGUGACAUUUGCCUCUGAGUCACCCUUCCUCCAUGCUGUCAGCAAUGACAGGUGCACUGAACGCUGCAGAAAAUAAAGGGUCCUGAAGAUAGGGCUUAGAGGGAGACCCCUAAGACAUCUGGACUCCACUCACAGUCCCGCUUCCCCUGUUACUGCGACGCCAUUCCUGAGUGGGGCGGGCGCUCAGUCAUCUCUCAAGUGUGCGGUGCUUCUGGGCAAAAGGCGCCAUCCCAAUGCUUACCCUGCAGCACACUGCGGGCCACGCCCGCCGCCCCCUCCCCACCUGCCCUUCCCCCCUCUUCCCCAUUGGCCAGCGCUUGUCCCCUCCUCAUUCUUUUUUUUUUCUUUUCUUUUUUUUUUUUUGACAGGCAGAGUGGACAGUGAGAGAGAGAGAGACAGGGAGAAAUGUCUUCCUUUUACCGUUGGUUCACCCCCCAAUGGCCGCUGCAGUCAGCUGCGCAGCCGGCGCACCACACUGAUCUGAAGCCAGGAGCCAGGUGCUUUUCCUGGUCUCCCAUGUGGGUGCAGGGCCCAAGCACUUGGGCCAUCCUCCACUGCACUCCUGGGCCACAGCAAUGAGCUAGACUGGAAGAGGGGCAACCGGGACAGAAUCCGGCACCCCGACCAGGACUAAAACCGGGGUGCUGGCGCCGCAAGGUGGAGGAUUAGCCUAGUGAGCCGCGGCGCUGGCCCCCUCCUCAUUCUUGAGCUGUGGAAUCUAAACUUUGGUCCAGGAUUUUACGAAGGACAAUACAAAUGCCAUGGGAAAUUUACAGUAUGAUUCUAAUGCUUUAAAAAAAAUCAAUAGGAAAAGACAACACAGGAGGUGCUGGGGAAGAGAGAGUUGUCUGUUCUUGUUUUCUGUACUUCAUACCUGCUGUGCAUGGCUUUGCUCGAGGGGAUGGGGUCCACCUGUGCGGGAAGAGAAGUCUGUGGCCCACAUGGGUGGGCACUGCUGGCCGGUGGUGACAGCCUCCAGCCUGCUUCAUCCCGGUGGCUUUAUUGUAGUUACAUUUCCCUAUGGAAAAUGCACUACCGCCAUGCACCCCACCCUCAUGGGCCCUCCACAGAGCCAUUGUAUAGUAGCAAAAGGAGAAAGGGGGGCCGGCGCUGUGGCAUAGCGAGUAAAGCCACUCCAUGCAGUACUGGCAUCCCAUAUGGGCACCGGUUCAAGUCCUGCCUGGUCCACUUCCGAUCCAGCUCUCUGCUGUGGCCUGGGAAAGCAGUAGGAGAUGGCCUAAGUCCUUAGGGCCCUGCACCCACGUGGGAGACCGACCUGGAAGAAGCUUCUGGCUCCUGGCUUUGGACCGGUCCAGCUCCAGCCACUGUGGCCAUCUGGGGAGUGAACCAGCGGAUGGAAGAUCUCUCUCUCUCUCUCUUUCUCUCUCUCUCUCUGCUUCUGCCUCUCUGUAACUCUGCCUUUCAAAUAAAUAAAUCAAUCUUUAAGAGAGAGAGAGAGAGAGAGAGAACCCAGCCAGCCUCUCCCCCUUCUAGAGGCAUUUAUACUUAGUUUCCUUCUCAGAAAGCCUCCUGCAGACUUGGAGGGAGAACCAGAGACACUGCAAAAACUCCAAUAACAAAGUUCUUUCUCUUUGUCCCUGUUGACCAGUGAGGUGACUUUAUGUCACAAUGGCAUUUUUCAGAAGAUAUAGAUGGAGCACCUCACAUGUCUGAGUGCCGUCUGCACGGUGUCACGAAGCUGCUUAAGAACUACUAAUGCCUCUAUGUCUGGGGUUUGGAGGGGCUAAGUGAUGAUCAGGUUUGCAGAGCAGGUUUGUGAGAAAGCACCAUCUAGAAAAGAGUUUCUUUCUUUUUUUUAAUUAAUUUCUUUAUUUGGAAGGCAGAGUUACAGAGAGGUAGAGACAGAGAGAGAGAGAAGUCUUCCAUCCACUGGUUCACUCCCCAGAUGGCUGCAACGGCAGGAGCUGAGCUGAUCUGAAGCCAGGAGCCAAGAGCUUCUUCCAGGUCUCCCACAUGGGUGCAGGGACCCAAGGACUUUCUACUGCUCUCCCAGGCCAUAGCAGAGAGCUGGAUCUGAAGUGGAGCAGCCGGGUUUUGAACCAGCGCCUGUAUGGGAUGCCGGCACUGCAGGCAGCAGCUUUACCCACUAUGCCAUAUCGAAAAGAGUUUCUUUUAAUACUGCAGUUUCAUUGUCUUUCAUCAGUUAGUUAACACAAGAGAGACAUUUUAAUAUAAAUGAAAGACACACAGCCACAGGAAGGGCAGCUGGCACCAGGCACCAGCUGACACGCGGAGGGACCUGGCGUGUGCUGUGUCCCUCGUCAGAGCACUCAGAGCCGAGACCCAACUAUCAGUCCUCAGACAACAGUGAUUUUCUUGGUGGGCUUUUCUGGAGGGGUCUGUCAAGCCCAUCUCCACGACUACUUGCAGUCAAUCCUUAUGUGUCUCUUUGCUCUCUUCCUUUCUAGUCUCUUAGAAGUCACUUCCAAUGUACUUCAAAUCAGCCAUCUUCCACUGCUUUCCCAGGCCACAGCAGAGAGCUGCAUUGGGAGUGGAGCAGCCAGGACUCGAACUGGUGCCCAUAUGGGAUGCUGGCACUGUAGGCGGCAGCUUUACCUGCUACACCACAGCGCCAACCCCAGCCAUCCCUUUCAUACGGGUCUAAAGAUCAAACUGAACAUCCUGGAGAGCCCUUCAGAGUAGAGCCAGUUUCCCAUCUUGAAGAGAACAGAGAAACAUGGAAACAAGUCAGGCUUCCCAGAUCACUUACUGUCAAUAACUUAAUACCAAAUGAAAACUUCGCAAGCAAUUCUAACUGUCAGAUAACAACUUAUGAAAACAUUUCCCAAAAGGUCCAACACCUUCUCCCCCUUAGCCUCAAGUAACAGUGCUAAAAUGCAGGUAUGUGCAUGGUAUGUGUGUGCGUAGUUGUGAGUGUGUAUGGAUGUGCACAUGGUAACGAAAGAUGUACAAAACCUAAAAACCCAGCGUGUUGUUUGAACGUUGAUGACGCCUGUGCCGUGGGUGUGAUCUGUGUGUCUUGAAUUAAUCCUAGGCUGGGCUGCCUCAUUGGCUCAACGUGUGGCCUCUGCAUCCCCCCCUCCCCACUCCGCCCCCCAGGCCAGCCGUGUUGCAGGAAGAAGGGACCUCUGACCUGUGUGAAUGAUAAGAAAGGCAGCCUAUUCUAAUUGUUCCAUUCUAAUUGUCCCGUGAGUUUGUGCUGAGCUGAAUGAGCCGAACUCUGCGCUCACCCAAAACCGAGUUAAGAGAGCGUCCUCACAGGAGCAAGGCUCUGGGCAGAUUUAUUGACAUCCCUUGGAGAGAAGGCUAGUGGCUGGGGGCAUACGAGACAGACAGGCUGGAGGAGUGGCUGGUCAUGCCACGACAGAAGUUGGGGUCGCCUCUGUCCUCAUUGAGCGCACAGCUCACCAAUUAGAUGCCUCCUUAAAGAUAGUAGCAGGGUGAUGCUUGUUUAAUCAAUUCCACUCAUUUUCGGUUUGUCAGCCUGUUAGCAUGCAGGCUUUGGGGAAAGGUGUUCCAUAGUGUAGGACACUCCUGGGAAAAUUACUGAUUCCUGUCGGUGGCUCAAAGAAGUGGUGAAAACCACAGGCGUUCACACGGAGGCCAGCCACCACGAAGCUUGGAAGCCGAACCACUUCUUGUUCGUUCGCUGCAAUUCUGUGGCCGUUUGCCAAGGUAUUUUUUUAACAGGGAAUUCCAGGAUUUGCCAAAGUUAAAGCUGUCUGGGCUUAUCUGCUCAUUUCGCAGAGAUGAUCAACAGCUUCGAAGACAGCAAGGGACACAGGAAACAGGGAAGUCUGCAGGCUGACCAUGGCCACCAGGGAGAGUUGGUCUCCCCCACGGGGGUCUGAUGUCUCUCCUAUGGUGAGGAAACCAGGGCUUGAAUGGCUAGCUUUCCUAACACCCUACAGCCAGGAAGUGCCUGAGCUCUGAUUCAGAAUCUGGCCGACCCGUGCUCUUAUCUAUUAUGCUAAAAAGGCUGCUUGUCAGCACGUACCAACAGGAAUCUAUCAUUAAAAGCAGCACAGAACGGGAGCUAAGCCGAGAUCAGUUUAACCCUACAAACGCACAGGACCCUAUCAAACGAAAAUGUUCAGAUUCUUAUUGAGGGACAUAAACAUUUGAACAAAGGGAGAGGCAUGGUGUGCUCCUGCGGGAAAGACUCCCCAGUGUAAAAAUCAUCAUUUUCUUUUUCCUUUUUUUUUUUUUAGAUUUAUUUAUUUGCUUGAAAGAGUUACGCAGAGAGAGAGAGAGAGAGAGAGGUCUUCCAUCCACUGCUUCACUCCCUAGUUGGCCGCAAUGGCCAGAGCUGUGCUGAUCUGAAGCCAGAAGCCAGGAGCUUCUUGCGGGUCUCCCACAUGGGUGCAGGGGCCCAAGGACUUGGGCCAUCUUCUACUGCUUUCCCAGGCCAUAGCAGAGAGCUGGAUGGGAAGUGGAGCAGCCGGGACUUGAACUGGUGCCCAUAUGGGAUGCCAUAUUUAAUUACAUUAAAAACUCAGCAUUUGUGUACUUCAGAAGGCAUAAUGGAUAAUAGUAGAGGGAAAAUGACACACCAGUGGAAAGCUUUUUUCACUCUGUAUGAUGAGCAAAAAAUGAUUAUCCUUAAUAUCCAAGACAAAGAUCAUGGCCUCAUUUUAAAUAUGAGCAGCCAUGGUCUGGAUGCAAUUCAGCAAGAGAAGACACUGACAUUAUCAACUAAACCUUCAAAAUAUUUAUUCUUCUUAGUACUCAAAAAGGAAAUAAAAUGGGCCAGCAGUGUGCCACAGCAGGUCAAGCUGCCACCUGAAACACCUGCACUCCAUGUGGCCACCGUUCGUGUCCCAGCCGCUCCGAUCCAGCUCCCUGCUAAUGGCCUGGGUAAAGCAGCAGAGGAUAGCCCCAGGGCUUGGGCCCCUGCCACCCACAUGGCAGACCCGGAUGAAGCUCCUGGCCCGGCACUGGUGGCUGUGGCCACCCGGGAGGUGAACCGGCAAGUAAAAGAUCUCUCUCUGUUUCUGCCUCUCUCUGACACUGUGCCUUUCAAAUAAAAUGAAGAAAUCUAAAAAAAAGUAAAUAAGAGAAGCAAAAGCCCAGGAAGGGGCAGCCUUUGGCUCAGUGCUGCAGACCUCACUUGGGAUACCUGCAUUCCAUACUGGAGAACCUGCUUUGAGUCCUGGCUGCUCCACUUCCUGUCCAGGUUCCUCUGAUGUGCAUGCUGGGAAGGCAGCAGAAGACGCCCCAAGUACUUGGCAUGGGUGCAGGGGCCCAGGCACUUGAAUCAUCUUCCGCUGCUUUUCCAGGUGCAUUAGCAGCAAGUGGGAUCAGGAAAGGAGCAGCUGGGGCUUGGACUGGCAGUCAUGAGGGUGCCAGCGUCGCAGGCAAUGGGUUAACCUCCUGUGCCACAACACCAGAGCCCAAGUUUUUUUUAAUCUAAUGAGACAAUGGGGUGCUAUGUAGCAACUAAUAUAUAUUGUACAUUUAUUUUUUAAAGAUUUAUUUAUUUGAAAGUUACACACAGAGAGGAGAGGCAGAGAGAGAGAGAGAGAGAGAGAGAGGUCUUCCAUCCGCUGGUUCACUCCCCAAUUGGCUGCCAUGAACGGAGCUACACUGAUCCGAAGCCAGGAGCCAGGAGCUUCUUCUGGGUCUCCCACGCGGGUGCAGGGGCCCAAGCACUUGGGCCAUCUUCCACUGCUUUCCCAGGCCAUAGCAGAGAGCGGAAUCGGAAGUGGAGCAGCCGGGACUCGAACUGGCGCCCAUGUGGGAUGCCGGCACAGUGGGCGGCUCUACCCGCUACACCACAACACUAGCCCCAAUAUUGUACAUUUAUUAGGAGACAAAGAUACUCACAUGUGGAUGACCCCCAGAGAAGCAGAUUACAGAACCAUCUGCCUUUAGGGAAAUUAAAUCCCAGAGCAUUAGCUGUAGUGAGAUUACCGGCAUUUUUGCCCUGUCUUGUUUGGAUUUUCUAGUUUUUCAGCGAUGACUAUGGGCUGGUUUUAUAAUCGUUCGUCUUAAAAAUCACUCCAGUUACAACGGCUGGACACUCGUCCGCGGGGAGCAGAGAAGCGAGUUCUGCCCACUGCUGUGCGGCUUCAUGGGCCUCGGCAGAAGCGGCUGGGGUUUCAAGAGAAGGCCGCAGAAGGGGCACACGCAGCAGGCCUGUGGCCUGCGCGGCUGCACUCGUAGGUCUUAGAAAGCCCAGCUGCUUAGGACACCGUUCCCAACGAAGGCAAUCUCCCGGCCCCGUGGCCGAGUCGGCCAGGGCUACGGAAGGGAAAGGAAGGGAAUGGUGAACGUCCACUCUUCAGGUACAAACAUUGCUUAAUUUCCACUUCAAAAAUAACUUUUAUUUUCUUAUUUUAUUUAUUUUGAAAGAGAGAGUGCUCCCAUCUGCUGGUUGACUCCUCAAAUGCCCAAGGCAGGUGGAGCCCAGCUAGGCUGAAGCCAGCAGCCAGAAAUUCCACCCAGGUCUCCCACAAGAGUGGCAGGGGCCCAAGUACUUGACCAUCACCACUGACUCGCAAGCUAGGUGCACAUUAGCGGGAAGCUGGAUUUGGGAACACAGCUGGGACUCGAACCUAGACCCUCUCAUAGGGUUGCAGGCGUCCCAAGCUGCAUCUUAACCACUGCCUCAGACACCUGCCCCCGGUUUCCAUUUGCUCUAGGGAUUGGCUUUCCCUCCCUUCCCCAUCUCAAGUCAGGUUCUCCCCUCCCCUUCUGUUCCUAUUGUUCACCCCUCCUGAUCUGAGCUUCUUCCCACCUACCCACUGCUACACUCAUCUCCAUUCCCCUUGUGUGAACACAUCUGUCUGCAGAUCAGUCAGUCCAUCUGCCUGUCUCCACGUCUGUCUGUCUGGGUUGCUUCAAAGUCCUCUGUAGCGGUGCACAGCCCUUCACUGACCGGGAGGGCAUGGAGGGAGCUGGAAGGAACACUGCCCGCUGCAUGGUGCCCCACGCACGAGCGGAGGGCACCUACGUCUGUGGCUGAUCACCGUGCAAGCCCCAGCCUGGGCAAAGAGGCCACUUCAGAGAGAGACAUGCUGGAGUUUGCAUCAAGGGGGCACAGAAGUCAGAAGUGGGAGGAAGGCAAGUGCAGCCUGCUUUCCAGGAGACAGAAAAAAAGGGCGGAGCUAUGGGCCCACGGCGGGGGUGGGGGUGGGGGUGGGAACCUGCACAGCCAGAUAUUUGGCUAAGAUAGCCAAGUUAGAAACAAAAGCGCGAAUUAGCCAACAGCACGGUCAUGUGCAAACACCAUGUCUGUAAUUUAUGUCUGCUCACACCCCAAGACACCUGAGGAUUGAAUUCUAAAUGACACUAGGAAGGCACCCCCAGGUCCUGUGUGGGUAUGAAGAAAACAGGGGAUUUAAAACCUGCCAGCACCACAUACUCUUGGGGGAAAAUAACACAAGGGAAAACAAUGCAAAGGCUGCGUGGCGUCUAUUCAGAGAGUGGGAUUAGAUUUAAUUAAAGGGGGAGCUCUCCACUCCACCUGCUUCUCGCCACAUCAGCACUGGGGGUGAGGGGGGAGAUGAGCCUCAGUGCGGGGGGGUGUGGGGGGUUACACCUGGGCUCCUAUGGAUUUCCUCCUCGGGGAUCAAAUGCAAAACUCUUAACUGACCUUUGGGUCAGAGGUUGCAGGCAGGGGCCUGCUGAUACUCUCCUGAGUCACCUUGACCGUGGAGUGACCGCCCCCCCCUCC